AUGAAAGUCAACAAGAACACAAUCCACAAGAUUACAAUCCCGUCAACUAUCAACGCCAUUACCACUGGGUGCGAUCUCGCAAGUGUUGAAGCUGGAGAGCUAGUUCCACAAACUACUCUAAACAAGUUUGUGAAUGAAGAUGAAGAGUGGACACUCUGGGAGAAAUUGAAAAUCUCAACUAAAGUUCUUCUUGGAACAGCUUUUGACAACAACAACCCUGUAGUCUGGAGGUUGGGAGAGAAAUCUCAGGAAAAUGGAAUCUAUCUCGCAAUGACAGAUUCUCCUGUUCCAAUCCGGUUCAAUAUAUCAGAUCUUUCAACUCUUGGUAUGCAGUACCCCAACUGGUUUCCUUUAACUCUGAGCGGUUGUGCACAUUUUCUUCGAGAGAUUGGGACGGAUAACUCGAUUAGUUUUAUGGGAAAGAAACACCUUACAGGAAAACCAUUUAUCCAGGUUCAAAGAUACACUCCUCAGAGUACAUAUCAGGAUCCUGAGGUGGUUGGAUCUUUUACUCCUAAAAAGUUCUCAAACAUUCACAGUUUCUCCCUGACAGAGGAAUUUGCAAUCUUCUUCUUCUAUCCUGUCAUUGUCAACCCUAAGUUAUAUUUCUCCGCCAACUUCCACGUGUUUGAGCUGAUUCAAUGGUUGGAGGGCGAGAUGACCGAUGUAUUUAUUGUGGAUUUAAAAACAGGAAAUGUAACUCAGCUUGAGACAGAUCCAAUAUACUCAGUUCAUCAUGUCAACGCUUACAGAGCAAAUAAGGAUGAGUUAAUACUUGAUCUGUGUCCUACAUCAUUUGUUAAUAUGCGGGAUUAUCUAAAGCUAGAAAACAUGAUGAAUCCUCCGACUACUAGUAGCGGAGUAUCAACCAACAAGAACGAGGAGUUUACUAGAUACACCAUAAACCUUACCACACAGAAGAUAUCACACUCAUACCUACCAAACCCAACCAACUCACAGUGGACAAACCAUUUUGAUUUCCCGGUGAUCAAUGAGAGGUUCAGGGGGAAGAAGUACUGUUAUGUGUUCGGUUGGGCCGCAUUUGACUACUCCAGGAUUGCUUUGGUGAAGAAAAAUGUUUGUGAUGGAACCCAGGAUAAGGUUUGGUAUGUUGAGAACCAUUACAGCUCCGAGAUGUGGUUCCUAGAAUCUCCAGAUCCAAAGAGUGAAGACGACGGUGUUCUUAUUACAAUUGUUUUUGAUGGAGAAAAGAGUAAAAGCUAUCUCGUCAUAAUCGACGCCAUUACUUUUGAACCUAUCGCGAGAUCAUAUUUGCCGCACAAUAUUCCCUGGUCUGCGCACGGCAUGCAUUUUCCAGAAGCAACGUUUGCUGAAAAUUCACAACAUGGCCGCCGCACUUCCAAAGAUGAACUAUGAAAUAAAGCAAGUGAUUUUUUAUAAAAUUUGUUCAGAUUCUUGUACAUAGUUAGUUCUGAUCAUUUUGAUCAAACUUGUGGAUUUUACGAAUUAAAAUGUAAAACUUUUAGGUAUAAUUAAAUAUUUUCAGCUUC